AUGAAGUGUUUGUGGUUCUCUCAGUUCAGGGCCUUCCUCUGGAAGGUUUUUUUGCAGCAUUGGAGAGCCCCGGUGUCGACCCUCACCGAGCUGCUUCUGCCAUGCGUCUUUAUGCUCUUCCUGGCGUCGAGCUACUGGUGCUCCACAGCAACUGAGAUACCCGCCACCGAUAAUUCCGCAGAUAAAGUGGUGGAUAUGUCAUUUUUUUUUCCGACGCAAUUUUGUCAAAAUAUUUCAAGUCCACGUCCGUUUGGCCCCCGCUUAGGAAUCCCUCCUUGUAAGCCGAACGUGCAUGGCGUGAUGUGUUUCACGUUUGUGCGGAACGGGGCUCUCUGCGUGAAUAAAAUUUCAUCUAUGCCAUACGUUAUGCAAAGGAUAUAUCGCACUAAAGGCCCUGUUCGAAUUCCUACCCUUGACGCCUAUCUUGCAUUCUCUGCAUAUACGUCGUACGCGUCAAAGCGAGAAAAUCCGUCGUUUUUCGUCCGCGGGGGGCUUGCGAGUAUGUCACACUACGGACACCUGCUGCUGGCCGGGACGGGGAACGACACAUCCCUUGCCGCCAUGUUUGCCAGCUACUGCAGCGAGGUCAGUGCCCUCUGCCGCGAGGUGGUGUACAGGGAUUGCUUCUUCACCUCGAUGGCUGAGGCGCAGAAGUUUGCCAGGGAGCACGACAACGAAGUCUGGGCCAUUGUGGAGCUGCCUCCCCCUUCCCCUGCGUCAGCGGCCGCAAAGGACGAGGCAACUAUAUUCUCCAUUAGCAUGAACUACACUGCCACCCCAUCGACGUUUGCGAGAGAUAUGAAGUUCAAGGACUUGGAUAGUACAGAAUAUGCGUUGUACAUCACAAGUGGCUUUAUGACGUUGCAGAAUGUCGUACAGCAGUUCUACAUAAAGCAUCGUCUUGAAAAAGCGUGGACGUUGUCCCCAUCUGUGAAAAAUAGUUCCGACAUUUUGGAGUACGUCAACCUUGAGGGAAUUCCCCUAAUCCCAAUGCCGACGCCGCCGCACGUGAAAAACAGUUUUUACGAUGAUUGGGUGUACUUCAUGCCGCUUGUGGCGGUGUUUGCCGCCAUUUUUCCCGUCACGAAACUUGUGAGUUGGAUUGUUGAAGAGAAGUUGCUUCGAAUUCGCGAAGCCAUGCAAGUUAUGGGGCUUCGCUGGUCAUGCAUGGCACUUGGAUGGUUUGUCUCUGCCUUUUUGAUGAAUAUUAUGGCCUCGUUGCUUGUCGCCGUGAUUUUACGGUUCAGCUUUUUUCACUUUGUGCACUUUGGUGUGUUAUUUAUGCUCCAGUUCAGCUUUAUGCAGCAGAACACUGCCCUAAGCCUGCUUUUGAGUACCUUAUUCACUAAUCCCCGGGCUGCCUGUGCCGUGGCAGCGCUGUGCAUCUUCGUAUGCAAUACGCCGUACUAUUCUCUUCCCGCUUCCGCGAGCAUGCCGUGGUUACUUUCGAUGAGUUUUCUCCCUUGCUUCGCCUACGCAAAGGGAGUUGAUAUCCUCUCCAAGUACGCCGCCUCUGGCUACACAUUCUCCUGGAAAAAUGUACAUGAAGGGGAAUACAACAUUGCAUUGGCGAUUGGACUGAUGUGGGCAUCAUCGGGCAUUAUGUGGAUUUUUUGGUUGUAUUUGGAUCAGGUGCUAUCGUCUUUGGGUGGCCGCCGCCGGCAUCCCUUGUUUUUCAUCUCAUGGUUUUUUGGGCUCUUUUCUUGCUGCGGCCUCGGUGACCGCGGGGAUUCUGAAUCGAAGAAGCGUCUUUUGCUGCGCCAUUCGAUGACGACACCCUCUCGUGAGCCUACGGAUGGUUCAGUGGAGAGGCCUCUCCCGCAUGGCGGGACGUCUGCCAGAGACGAAAAGAGGGCCCCUGCGGCACUAUUUCGUAACUUAUUCAAGGUGUAUCACACUGGAGGUCUGAUUGGAUGGCUGUACUACUUCAUCACGGGGCUUCGCCGCGAUGGGGAUUACUGCGAGGCGCUGCGCGAUGUUUCCUUUCAGCUGGACGUUGGAAGUAUAAAUGUGCUGCUCGGCCCCAACGGUUCUGGCAAGACAACCCUGAUGAGUGUUGCGGCUGGUAUGGUGACACCCACGCGUGGUGAGGUCUACAUCUGCGGCUACAACACCAAAAAUCAGCUUGAGAAGUGCCAAAGGCACAUUGGAUAUUGCCCACAGUCGGAUAUUGUGUGGAACAGCCUUACAGUGGAGGAACACCUCACCUUCUACGCCCGCAUGAAGGUUCAUCAGGGCUGGGAUGUACGGAAGGAUGUGGAUGCCAUCAUCGCCAGUAUGCAGUUGGAGGAAAAACGCCACACCAUUGCAAAGAACCUCUCUGGAGGUCAACGGAGGCGCCUGUGCGUUGGCGUGGCUCUUGUCGGACACCCCAAUGUGCUCUUCCUUGACGAGCCAACAUCUGGAAUGGACAUGCGGGGCAGAAAGGCGGUGUAUGAUGCGCUUCAGAAGAACCGUGAGACUUGCACUGUGAUGGUUUCAACUCACUUGUUGGACGAGGCGGAUCGUGUGGGGGACAGAAUUCUCCUCAUGCAGGAUGGUGCCCUCCGUGGUGCAGGAUCUUCCUUGUUUUUGAAGUCAAAGAUGGAUGUUGGGUAUGUUGUGACUUGUGUGGUGGACGCCUGUUCCUCGGAGAUGGAAGAAAAUAUGUGUAUUAGCCGUCUUACGGAGUUUGUACGCAACAAAUCAUUUCCCGGACACUCCCACACGACGUCAUCGGAGCUUCAGCCCAUUUCCAGGCACUGCAAGUUGUUGGGGAUCGAACGCCGCGGCCGCGAGAUUAUGUUUCGGUUUCCGUUGUCGCUGCUCUCCUCGUCAGGGAGCACCAUCAUCCGUGAACUGGAGAGUCAGCGGAAGGAGCUGCGUCUGCGCAGCAUAGGCCUGAGUCUGACGACACUGGAGGACGUGAUGAACUCGCUGACGUCAAAUAAGCAGACAUCGAUGGGCAUGCAGGCUGCGGCGGCAUCGGCACCACACAGCGUGACGGAGCACGGAAUUUCCAUCCAGGUGGAAGGCUCUACCGAUCAGGCGGCGCAGACGGUGGGCACGGCCGUUGGUUGUCCUGCUAGCACACACCAGGGCGGCAACCUUGGCGCAGCGAACGAUGAGGCGCAUAAUUUGAACAACAUCGAUGAGUACGACAAACAUCGUGGACAGUCUUUUGCCCGACACUUUGCCGUGCUUUUUAUGAAGCGCAUGCACUGCGCUAAGCGAGACGUUCGGCUUCUCAUUUUCCAGAUCCUGCUGCCCGUGAUCUUUCUUUCUCUUGGGCUCUUGACAGAAUUUAUGAGUCCGCAGGACCAACCAGCACUCACCCUUGACGCCUCACUUUACGCGGGUUACGAGACCCCGCCGUUCUCAGCUGUCCCGUGGUCAGCGUCAUCGGUGUUGCCAGACGCAUUUGCGGUGGAGCGAAGUGACACAACGGGAGCUUUUGGGCCGUAUUACACGCCUGUUAGGGUAAACUGUAAUGCGACAAAUUGCGUUCCCCAACUCUCUGCCGCGAUGAUCCAUGAUAUAAUGAACCACUCAGCCAGCCGCUUUGUUGCAGUUUCACUUACAAACCUUCAGGGGCGUAAUUAUUCCAAAACAUCAAGUCUGAUGCAUAACAUCUCGGCUCAUCACUCGGCUCCGCAGGCCCUCAAUGUGCUGUAUGAUGUUGCCAACCACCAGUUGUUUGGUAAAGGCGCAAUGACAACGGUGCGGAAUGUGCCGAUGCAAAUGGGACCAUUUGAAAGGAGAAUGAUGACCAGUUCCCUUCGUGUUGUCUUUGGUAUCUUUGUCCUACUGCCCCUCAUAUUUAUUCCCAGCAAUACGGUUGCCUUCAUCGUGCGGGAGUGUCAAAGCGGUGCUCGGCAUCUGCAGUGGCUUGCAGGUGCCAACGUGUUUGCAUUCUGGGCGAGUUCUAUGCUAUUUGAUUUCUGCUGCUACCUUGUGACCGAGGCGCUGAUGCUGGUAAUUUUUGUUGUAUUCGACCGCACAGAAUUUAUUGCGAAUACUGAAACUAUAGGAGCCACCGUAGCGCUCUUUACGUUCUUUGGAAUUAGCAGUAUUCCAUUCAGCUACGUUGUCAGUUUUUUCUUCAGCUCUCCCUUUAAUGCCCAGAGCGUUGUUUUCGUGAUAAACCUUCUGCUGGGUUUCUUGUGGGUCAUGGGAGAACAGAAGCUUCUCGCGAACAAGAACCUGGAAGGCGUUGCUACCUUCACCGCACACAUCCUGCGUAUCGUUCCGGCCGUUUCCUUAGGGGAAGGCACGUUUGCCUUGUCAGGAGUGCAACUGAUGAAAAUAAUGAUGCCAGGGAUGCCGCUGCCAAGCUUAUUUAGCUUUCUGAGUAUUUCCAACGGCAAAUUCAGAGGUGGCGUUGGGACCUCCCUAACCUACUUGUCAUGCACCUUCGUCGUCUCACUCGUGCUGCUGGUGCUGCUUGAAUACGCACGCAUACAGCGUGCCACGUGGCUGUUUGCUCGGCUGUCCUGCUGUAAGGGGAGGAAGCCGAAGUCGCAUGGCGACCACGUUGGCCCAUCGGCCUCUUUUACUGACACGGAAGACAAACAUGUGGCCAAUAUGAAGGCUGCCGAUUCUGUUGCGUGUGAGGAGGAGGAGGUUUGCUGCCAGACGACAGGCCGAACUGAGGACGGCAUCACGCUGCAGCACAUCACAAAGAGAUACACCGGUUCGGACAGGGCUGCCGUUGACGACCUCUCGCUUGGUGUCCACAAGGGCGAAAUCAUGGCCUUGCUGGGCUCUAACGGCGCCGGCAAGACGACGACAGUCAGUAUUUUGGCUGGCGAGACGAUCCCGACAAGCGGCUCAGCGUACAUUAACCAUCUUUCUGUCCUUCGCUCCGCCUCGCGCAGUUACGUCGGCUACUGCCCACAGAAGGAUGCCCUUGUUGACAACUUGUCGCCGUAUGAACACCUGAGGCUCUACGCAGGUUUGCGCGGCGGCAGUUCCGCAUCCAUCCACAAGGAGAUCACCCAACUUCUCAAUGUGUUGGGCCUCACGCCGCAGAAGAAUGCCCCGGCCUACUCGUUGAGCGGCGGAAACAAGAGGCGUCUGUCACUUGCUGUGGCACUGGUUGGUGGCACCACCAGUGUGUUGCUUGAUGAGCCUACGGCUGGCAUGGACGCUACCGCACGCCGGAGAACAUGCGCCGUGGUCAAGCGGCUGACGCGGGAAAAGUCUGUGAUUCUUACCACGCACCUGUUGGAUGAAACUGAGGCCCUCGCAGACAGAGUUGCUUUCAUCUCAGGCGGGAGGUUGCAAUGCGUUGGUACGCCACAGGAGUUGAAAAACCACUACACUGACGACGCCGUCUACACCGUGCGCGUGGUGUUCGCUGAUGCGUGUGGCCCCAUUGACGCCUCCAGCGACAUCACGAAACGCCUAUGUGCGUCCUUCCACAUUUCUGCUUCGAGUGAAGGGGACGAUUGCGUCGUGGAGGGCAUUGCCGGUCGCACUGUGACGCUGUCGGUGCGGAACAGUCUCUUGCAUAUCUGCACCGUAGCCUCUGAUAUUCGCGAAGGGAAGGUGGCGGGGCUGCCACCGGUGGUUCAGGUGAGUGCGACGCAGCCAACACUGGAAGAAAUUAUGCUGACAAUAUGA